UUUCAAACAAGAAAUUAUGCAAAAGUGUGAAGAUCUAGAUCUUCAUCUUGCAUCGGCGAUUCUCCUGACAGCAAUUACGGGCGGAAAAGUCUGUCUCGCUUUCGAUAAACGCUAUCGGAUUUAUUUAUAUUCUUACCAUGAACAAAGUGAGCCUGAGCUUGCUUACCACGGUAAACGCUAUCGGAUUUAUUCAUAUUUUUGUUGUUGCGAGUGAACCUGAGCAUGAGCUGUCGGUGUCGAAAUUCCUGUUUCUGUUCUCAUGCAAAAAAGCCGGUUGCAUGCUUCAAAAAAUUCAAACUUAUUCGGAAAGAGCAGUCCGUCGUCGAGAUGAGAGGAGUCGUGUUCUGGAAGAUGUUUCGAUGACGUCGUGUGUCCUGAUUGAAAACGUCGCUCGGAGUCACGCCAUGCAUGUUCGACUAAGAAAGUAUCUUCUGAUGUUAUGAAGCUAUGCGAAAACGAAUUCUGUUUCUGCCGAGUAGUUCGUGCAAAAAGAAUUGGCCAGAAGUAGCACAAAAGCUUCAUCAAAAAAAAAAAAAACAAUGUCCGGCGUCGAAACCAUGCUGGCGGGUGGCCUCGGGCUGAAAGCCGUGGCCAUGAUGAAGCAGGCCUCCCUAACAAUGAAGCGUGCCGCACGGCAGGCCUUUGCGAUGGCGGCGGACGCAAAUUUAGCGGCGAUCAACGCACGGACGGCGGAAACAGAGCUGCAGCGGUACGUCCAGGGAGCGCCGGUGGUGAUGUCGCCGGCCUCCACCAUGGAUGGGCACAUCGACAAGAUUUCAUCUUUUGGGUCGGAGAUUCCGCUGGUUUUGGCCGGGACGGUAGGUUUGCACCAGUUGGUCGGGACGAGUGGUCGGGAAGGCGAAAGGAUCAGCGGAGGAGAUGACAGGACGGACAGACGACGAGACCGAUCAAAGAGGAUCAACUACGGCUCUGAGAAGAAGCGAAGGAGACCAGAUGAGUCCGAUGUUGAAAACAAGAAUUUUGCACGAAGACCGAAGGGUAGAUGUGAUGUCAAAUCGUUUCUUUGA